CUCACCUACGUCCCCUCCCCGUGCGUGCCUAUUUCUGAAAUUUCUGAACGUCAACUCCUUGUAGUCCUCUACCAUUGGAUUUGUGUAAUCUAAUUUAUUAGCCAGUUCAUAUACCGAUAUGUGGUCACAAGAUAAUUUUUUUCUGCUUCCAUGUAUUGCUUGUUGUGCUGUGCGAGAUCUAUAUUCUUGCUUUGUGUUUACCAGGUUUUUCAAAAAAAAUAAAAAUUCGAGAACGUUUAUCAAUCACAUAGAAGAAAGGCCAAGACGGCCGGUACAAAGCCAAGAAGGCUACAACUCCACUCCACGAUACAACGCCAAGCGGCAAACAACACACCCUCAACACACCCGAUGAUAAACGACUCUUCUUGCCCAACAUUCUGCCACGAAUGGCGAGAAGAGGAGCACAAGGCUUCAGGACCGCGUCACGAACCAAGCAAACACCGACUCGACCUCGACUCCAAGGUAACCCAGACCAACGUACCUCCCCUCAUGCGCCUAGAGGAGUCGGCGAGAAGAAGGCAGGGUCUUGACGGACUUGGGGAAGACAUCGAACGAAGCACCUGCCAUGUCGUACAUUGCGCCCCGGAAGCGCAAGCCUUGGGCCGCGGCCACCACCUGCAGCACAUCACCAACCCCAAACUCCAAAAGCCGCAUCGGUCCCUCCUCGAUGGCCUGGACGACGUCUUCAAGAAGAUAACGACACCUUGGCGCCGCCACCGCCUGGUUCGGUGAACCGGACCUAGGGUUUCCCCUGGCAUCAGAGGUAAAGGAAGGCACGGUGAAGGCUACGACCACGCAUUCAGCAAGGUAACGGCGCCCGCAGGCGUCGCCGUGAUCAGCAUCGGCCACCGCCGAGAAGGACUUUCGCCCGGCCAUACACCGCAACCCCGAUGCAGUUGGAGCAGAUAGGGGAUGAGGAUGAAAGUCGCCGGCUUUAGCCACCACCACCCAGAGAAGAGGAACAUCGACGGUGGCGAGGGUUGUGCCCACCACCGGCAACAGCCGCCGGCCAGAUCGGGGACCCAAUCCCGCAUCCGACGCCGGGGCCUCGGCCAACUAGCCUGCACCGCGACACCACCAUGGCGCCCGGCAGCAGCAGCUAGCGCCGCCACGCCGCUGCAGCAACCGCCUCAGCCCCGCCCUGGCCAUGGCCAUGGCCACCAACGGACCCGAGGCUGCCGGCGCCGCUGCAGGGCCAUCCCACCGGAGGGGGUUGAUCCCCUCGUCACCACCGAGGCUCCGAACUCGCCGGGGAGGGCCGCGCCACCACGCCGCCGCCGAAUCCCCACCGAAGAACGCCGUCGCAGCCGCGAGGAAGGGGAGCCGCCGCCCGGGGGAGAGGCCCCCGCCGCCACCGUCACCACCAAGGCUUUGCCCGGCGGGUCCUCCGGCGGCGGCGAGGGGGAGGGUGGAGGGAGGGGGCGCGCCUGGGGGCGGCGGCGCGGAAGCCUAACCCUAGGGAGCGCGGGGUGGAGGCAGGAAAGAGCAUCAGGCUCAAACGACAUUGACGAUGAGCAUGUCGAGGUAAAGAUUAUGUUGGCCAAUGUAUCAGGUUUGAAGCACCGCCGCUGAGACACGCGACUUCUCAUGCCGCCGGAAUCAAUACCGGUGUGAUUCCCAUAGUGCCCCGGUACCCUUCACUAACAGGUUCUUACCAGGAGGCAUGAAUGAUUACCGAUGGUGUCAUGAGGUCGCCGUCGAUGAGCCUCUGAUAUUUCCUGUUAAUGUUGUUCUCAAACAUAUCGAUCUACAAGCCAGGCGUGCUUGCUUCAAUGAUCUUGUAGGUGUGUCCCUUGUGCAUGUGUCAUCGCCAUGAGAGGUGAAUGGCGGGCAUUGUGCCAGAUAGUACAAACCCUCUGGCAACAGAUUCUUAUUGUAUACAGAAGCAAAUUUUGAUUUAGUGGAAGCAAAUUGCAUCCUAAAUAGGAAGUAUUGAUAAUAGAAAAUACUUUUUUUCCUUCGGAGGCAAAUUAUAAGAUCUUUUGUAAGCAAUGUUGAUUGAAAUAAAUUUUGUUACAUUGGAAGCAACACUAUUAUCGUUGUCAGCAAAUUAUACUCUUUGUUGGUUGCA